CACACACACACACACACACACACACACACACAGCCACACACACACACACACACACACACACACAGACACACACACACACACACACACACACACACACACACACACACACACACACACACACACACACACACACACACACACACAACACACACACACACAGACACACACACACACACACACACACACACACACACACACACACACACACACACACACACACACACACACACACACACACACACACACACACACACACACACACACACACACACACACACACAGACACACACACACACACACACACACACACACACACACACACACACACACACACACACACACACACACACACACACACACACACACACACACACACACACACACACACACACACACACACACACACACACACAGAGACACACACACACAGACACACACACACACACACACACGCGCAUCGAGGGCACGGGUUGGGUUGCCUGGUUACAGCGUCCUGACAUUGAAAGAUGUCGCCGCUGUUGGUGGUGGCGCUUUUGCUGGGCGGAGCCGCAGCGGAGCAGGAGCAGGAGCUGGGGGCCUGGCCCGGGGCAGGAGAUGGUGCAGAUUUCCAUUGGAUUGAGUGGGAACCCUGGGUGUGUAUGUGCGACAUUGGCAAGCAAGGCCGCAUCCGAUAUUUCGUGGUGUCAACGAAUGCUGAAAACAGCAACGUGAGCCUGGAUGAUUUCUGGCAGCUGAAACCAUGUUCCCACAUCGACUGUAUGAACUGUCAGCACGAUGAGUGCCCAAUGGUAGCAGGCGGAGGUGCAUCAUCCCCACGAUUUGGCCACCGGUUCUCACGGCCAGCUCCUGACAACCUGCGCGCCCACAACACCAAACCUGCCGCAGCAGAUUCCUACGACAGUCUCCCAGUGAUCGAUGAUGUUGGAUAGGAAGAACAGGCAACUGCAUACACCUGGGUGGCCAGCAUCACAGCUCUAAUCAGUCAUCGGAAAUAAAUCAUAAUACAAAGAAUCUGUUUAAUUUGAUGUUUCAAUGUCCUGAUAUCCUUGUGAGACUGACCAUGAAACAUAACUUCCAUUGACAUCCAAUUGGCCUGGCACCAGAUCUGAACCCUUAUCGACACCCACAUUUGAUCUCUCGAGGGAGAUGAGGCCAAUCAAUCAUACUGGGCCAGCCAAGGUUGGGCCGAUGAGACCCUGUACCCAAAGCUAGUUUUGCAACAUCAAACAAAAAACAACAACGUUGGAAGAACUCUGGGUCGAGCAGCAUCUGUGGAAGGAGGUGUCGACUUGCACCUUUUGCCUCCACAAAUGCUGCUUGACCCACCAAGUUAUUCCAGAAUUCUGUUUUUUGUUCUAGAUUCCGGUAUCAGCAGUCUCUUUUGUCUUCAAACUCUAACCGUGGUUGUUCUUGUGUGUAGAAACGGACUUGAACAUAGCAAUAGACUAGGUGCGGCACAAAACUGGUUACUUGGCCCAAGCAGUCCAUGCAGGCUUUACUUUCUUAAAUGUAUUUCCUAAUGUUAUUUAUUCUCCUUUAUCUAUAUAUCCAAUCUAAUCCUAAUUGCUGCCAUUUAUGAUUCAGUCAAUAAUCCUUAUGUUCCAUGGCCUUGCAGAUGUGUAAGAAGUUUUUCUUAACUGUUGUUUUAAAUUUCUUACAUUCAAUGAUGUCUAAAACUCCUCGUCUUAACACUAUUUCUGGUCAAAUUUUAUUUUUGUAUUUCCUGUAGAUGCAGCAGUUGUAUUUCCUGUAGAUACAGCACCCAUGGAAGCCAUGCAGCACCACGAAACUUGCUUGAAGCACUCUGUUCUCUCUUGGUUUAACUGAGACCCAGCCAUUUCUGGUGUCCUGCAGUUUAUAGAUGAGUGGAUGUGGAAGGGAUAUGACUGAUGUGCUUCACAUUAUGAAAGUGCAGAUAUGAACAAUGCUGGGUGUCGGUGAAUGUCAUUAUGACUGAUGUGGAUCUGAGACCAUGUAAGGCUAAGGGAUUGAUCUGGAGCACAGAGGCAGACUUUUGGGGAUUAUCUCCUGAAACACAGAGGCAGAUCCUUCAUGAUUGCCUCCUGAAAUUGAUGAGUAUCAAACACCAGAGCCAAUAUUUUAAUUUGAAACCAAUUUUGACACAGAGGCCAAAGCUCAGCCUUCGAGAAAUGAAUGAGUUGAAGAUCUAAACUGGGCUAAAGAUAACAUUUGCUUUAAUGUAUAUAGCAUAGAAUCAUUGUGCAGAUAUGUAAUUUUUUGUUGGUUUCAGCAAAUUCUUUUAUUGCUCCAUUUUACUAUCUGUUUUGUCACAUUUUGUUUUCUCUUGUAAGAUCUGCACUCGAUUAUCUGUUUUUUAUUUUGCUUAUAGGUUGUUCCUUAUCUCUUAGUUGCACAUUUUGAACUGUAUACUAAUUAUGUGUCACAGCAAGUUCUGUUUUCACAGCUUCUCUUAUGUUCAUUUAUUUUGCCUAAUCUGAUUAUCAUAGCUCGACAUUACUUUAUGAAAUUCUAGAAUUUCACAAU